AGUGAUUAUAUAACUCACUCUUCCAUUAGUCCUGUACAUAAAAAAUAAAACUUCACUUGUUGCAACAAGAGAGAAAAAAAAGGAGCAAAUGUUGUUCAAGAAAACCAUGCAAAAAACCAAAAACUUCUUCCAAAAAACCCUGCAAAGCCUGAAAAACUUCUUCUUUGGAAGCUAUGAAAACUCACCUAGAACCCUUUUCUUAAACCCAUUAUCAUGCAGUAGCAUUAACCAAAGAAAUCAUCAUCUUGAUCAAAUCUACCCAGAAAUGAUCUCCAACUCUAACCAGUCACCAACAAUUCGAAACAAGGAUCAACACGAUCCCAAUCAUUCGAUGAAGCAAACCAAUAACAUUGAUGCAACUCACACCAUAGAAGUCAUCCCUUCAUAUGAAACAACAACUGAUGAGAUGAAGAAUGUAGUAGCUUCAAAAGAAGUUCAACAUUCAACUUCAACUCGAACUCGAACUCCAACUCCAACAUCAUUUAGGUAUGCUAAUGAUGGAGCUUACUUAUUAGCACAAAAAAUGAAAGAAUUAGACAUGAUGGAUAUGAAAGAUGUUGAUCAUAGUUUGGAUGUUGAAGAAGCUCUACAUUACUAUUCACGCCUUACUUGUCCUGAAUAUGUAGACAUUGUUAACAAGUUCUUCAUGGACAUGUAUGCAGAUUUCCACCUUCCACAACGUUCAAUCAGCAUAAAUUCUUCGAGCAGAAGACUUGGUCCUCUGGCACUUUAAUCAGAUUGAUAAAUACUCCAUAUAUAUCAUAUCUUCAUCUCAAGAUAUCAUUAUAUUCUUCUGAUAAUUUUAUUUC